GCCACAUAUUCUCCCCUUGAGCCUGUCAUUUCCCCCCAAAGUUCAGAAACUCAAGCUUUUGUGUACCCAUUUGUCUGUUUCAAGAAUCAAACUGUCUGGGUUUUGUAGCAAGCCUGUGGCUUGAGGUGGGUAGAAACAUUAAGACCCAUUUCUAAGACGUUAACACCCAUACCCUCACCCUUGGAACUGUUUGUAAAGACAUUAGCACACAUCUUUCCCGUCAUGGCUAAUUCCUCCCUUUGUGAUCCCUGCUCCCGUCAGGAGAGCCCCAAAGGGCCCGAGCCCCGGCCCGGCGCCUCCCUCUGACCCGCGGGACCCGGUGCGAGCUGCCGGGGGUCGGGGGGGCCCGGGCACCUCCUGAGCUGCGGCUCCUCGAGCAGGGCGGGGGGCUGCGUGCAGGCUACAGGCCUUUUUAAAUGACAUUCUUAGAGAAUAAACGCCACCCGACCUACGUGGGGGCCCCAAAAAAAUGCCUCUAACACUAGCUGGCGGCCCGUUGUUAGGCGGCCGGGCUAAGGGAAGGCUAAUGGCGGGGCGGGCCUACAGCUCCCGGCGCGCCGCGGGGCCGGAACUGCCGCUCCUGGCGAGCCCCGACCAGCGGCGCUGCGGGUGCUGGUCCCGGCUGUACCGGCUCCGAUGGCGGCGGUGCCGCCGCCGGUCUACGUAUACAGCCCGGAGUACGUGACCCUCUGCGACUCCCUCUGCAAAGUGCCCAAGCGGGCCAGCAUGGUGCAUUCACUGAUUGAAGCGUAUUGCUUGCUUGACCACAUGAAGAUAGUCAAGCCAAAAGUGGCCUCCAUGGAGGAAAUGGCGAGUUUCCACACAGAUGCUUACCUGCAGCACCUGCAGAAGGUCAGUGAGGAGGGGGAUGAUGACCAUCCGGAGUCUGUGGAGUAUGGACUGGGUUACGACUGUCCAGCCACUGAAGGGAUCUUUGAGUAUGCAGCGGCUGUGGGAGGAGCCACCAUCACUGCAGCCCAGUGCCUGCUGGAUGGCAAGUGCAAAGUAGCAAUUAACUGGCCUGGAGGGUGGCAUCACGCAAAGAAGGAUGAAGCUUCUGGUUUCUGUUACCUGAAUGACGCUGUCUUGGGGAUCUUGCGACUGCGCCAGAAAUUUGACCGCAUCCUUUAUAUCGAUUUGGAUUUGCAUCAUGGGGAUGGAGUUGAGGAUGCCUUUAGUUUCACCUCGAAGGUCAUGACUGUUUCUCUGCACAAAUUUUCACCAGGAUUUUUCCCAGGCACUGGUGAUGUGACAGAUGUUGGCCUGGGAAAAGGUCGCUAUUACAGCGUGAAUGUGCCCAUUCAAGAUGGCAUUCAGGAUGAAAAGUAUUACCAGAUCUGUGAAUCAGUGCUGAAGGAGGUGUAUGCUGCCUUCAACCCCGAUGCAGUUGUGCUGCAGCUGGGGGCGGACACCAUUGCUGGAGACCCCAUGUGCUCUUUCAACAUGACGCCCGAGGGAGUAGGGAAGUGCCUCAAGUAUGUCCUGCAGUGGCAGCUAGCAACUCUUGUCCUGGGAGGAGGAGGUUACAACCUUGCCAACACGGCUCGCUGCUGGACAUACUUGACUGGGGUCAUCCUUGGGAGAACACUGUCCUCUGAGAUCCCUGAUCAUGAGUUCUUCACAGAGUAUGGUCCUGAUUACGUGCUGGAGAUCACACCAAGCUGCAGACCAGACCGCAACGAGCCACAGAGAAUUCAAGAAAUUCUGAACUCUAUCAAAGGGAAUCUGAAGCACGUUGUUUAGCAGAAAAGGAAGGCUCAGGCAAGAGCAUUUCCUGUGGAGAAGACAGCAUAUUUAUGUGAGCAACUGGUGAAAUUUGUGGCUGCAGGGAAACUUUCGAAGAAAGUACUGUUGGUUGGAUAAUUUUUUUUUCCUCUUUAAAGAAGAAAAGCUGCUGCAUGCCACAAGCACUGUGGCUCUCUCCAGGCAGGAGUGUGGGCCCUCCAGCCACAGCCUUCCAGUGCUGGCAGAGCCUCCCUUGCUCCUUUUCCCUUUCUUUUUUAACACCACAGUUUGUUCUCACAACUGCUUUUAAAUGUAUUUUAAGAGAGGAGCUGCUCAGAGCUGUGAGCCCUCCCCAGCUGGAGCCCAGUGCUGUGUUACCUACCUGGCAGGGCCACGGCCUCAGAGCUGCCCGCUCGGGAAGUAGAGCCUGAGGGCUACCCUGGUUGUGUCUCUUACCCACAGAAAGGCACAGCCAUUGUGUUUUUAACUGGGAAUUUUUAAAAAAUAAAAUACUUGAAAUACU